CAGGAGAGAGGGACGGUGCAUCACACCCUAUCCCACGCCUCGUCCCUCCCUCCAACCCCCCUUCUACAGGAGAUGGGAGAACUUUCCUCGUCAAGAUCUACCCUGCCGUAGUGCAGUCAAAUGAAAGACGAUUUCAUUUCACUACUCGGGACGCAAAGUGGCGCAGGCAAGAUUCUCUGGGAAUAUCAAAUUCCAAUGAGGAAUAUCUUACUAUAUUCACGGUUUUUUUAGGGAUACAUCAGUUUACGUGUCAGUUGACUUUUUACAUUUAGUUAAUACAUUUAUGUCGCCAAACUAGGAAAAAGAUUGCGGUAGGAUACAGGACAGCGGACGGACGACUUGUUCCAUUGGGUUUCUACGGAAAGGGAUAGAACUAAACUAAAGACGGUCCUAAUUAAAGUGAUAAAAACGGUUUCAGAAUGAAUAACAGCAAAAAUGAAAAGGAGAACGAACAAAAUGAAUACACCAAUCACGAAGAGGAGGUCCGAACACUAUUCGUCAGUGGACUACCUCUGGAUAUUAAACCGAGAGAACUCUAUCUCCUGUUUAGGCCAUUUAAGGGCUAUGAAGGCUCCUUGAUAAAACUUACCUCAAAACAGCCGGUGGGGUUUGUCAGCUUUGACAGUCGAUCAGAGGCAGAGGCUGCGAAGAAUGCCUUGAACACCAGGCCUCCUCCUCUUCUUGUCUCCACAGAUGAGCUCACAGUGCCCGCUCUAUACCCCAGCAGCCCAGACGUGUGGGCCUCAUACCCGCUCUACCCGGCUGAGCUGUCGCCAGCCCUCCCGCCCGCUUUCACCUACCCCUCCUCGCUCCACGCUCAGAUUCGCUGGCUCCCUCCUGCAGACGGAACUCCUCAGGGAUGGAAGUCCAGGCAGUUCUGCUGAAGUAUGUGUUCCUGAUGUGUGAUGGUGGCCACGGUCGCCCAUGACGGCGCUGCCCUGCGGUUCUGUUGUCCAACCGGGAGACUCCUCCUGACCCCAUGUGCCAGGCAGUGGACCGCCGAAGCAGCAGCUACCUCAUGGGCCUCAGGACAACCAAGAACCCCAGCCUCCAUCACACAUCGAACCCCCCCCUCCCCUCCCCGCCAUUUUAUACUGUUACAUACUCAAGAACAACUGGUGACACUUUGGUUGCAAAUUGUAUACACGCUACCCUUAUGGUAUACCUUUGAAAUAUGUUGAAAUGCCUGAUACGAAGCUCCACUGACGUUGACGAAAACUUUGAUGUAAUUAGCACAAGCCUUUGGGGAAUAGGCUGAGCAUUGCUUUGCAUUCUGAAGGGCGAAGCUUGCAGUUGGAGUGAAGGUCUUUGAAGGUUUGCCAGGGUUCUAAGCUUGUGUAUCUGAAUGGGAGCAAAGUGCCGCCAUGUUAUAUUAUAAUAAUGAUUAUAAUUAUUACUAUUGUGUAUACUAUUAAUAUUAAUGUUAUUAUGAUUACAUACACGAUUAAGCAUGACUUGCCAAAAAAUAAAAAAUAAAUAAAAAAUGUCAAUGCUGUACAUUUUUAGAUAUUUUAAAGAAAAACAAAAAAGUAUUUUUGUAAUCAAGACAAUGUUUGCAAUGGUUUAGUUUGAUUGGUUACUUUUGUGUGAGAGAAACCGGUUUGAAAACAACUAAAUCUUUUCUUACCUUUUCUCUUUAGAAUAAUGGGUACUGUAUGUAUGAUGUAUGAUGCCAAACAUUUGUGUUCUUUAUCUUGUUCUACCAGUUUAAAAAAAGGAAAACUGACGUGCUUUGCAUUUUAUUGGUGCUGGGUAAAUUGGUAUUGAAUCGGUAUUGAUAUGGUACUUAGAACACCAAACAGCAGCCAUUUUAGCCCAUUUCAGAUGGCUGUCGAGAUGCAGGCUGUUGUUCCAGCACACCUCCUGCAUACCGUACCCAAGUUCUUCUUAGGUUUCAACAUAACCCAUGAUAAGAUUGAUCCAGAGUGGUUUUAUUUGAUUCGUUUUAGUCUGCAACAAAAGAUGGUAUGAGUCCUUCCUGGUACAGGUGAACUGUAGACCUCAUGCAGAUAAUGCAAGGGUGUAAACCAUAUGAACAGUCCCUGCUAAAGGAAAUCAAGUCAUUUUUUUAAGUACACUGCAUACCUGGCAGAAGGCACAGUAUACUGUAAUAACAGACCAAAGGCAUACUUUUUUAACACUGGAUAGCUAACUAGGCUAGUUUGACUGCUUUGUACUUCUGAUAUCCUUCAGAUAUCUCUUCGUGAAGUGUGCCAUUAUUUUGCUGCCUGCCUCUCCUGGUGUCACUCCAAAGAGUAUCACAGCUCCUGAAAAGAACAGCUUUUCAUGUGCUGUCUCUUGUCUAUUUUUAGGGAAAAGGUGACUCAACCCUUGGUUUUUGUACAUUUUUGUAUUUCUACCUGUGAGUGGAGUGAGAAGUGAUGUUUCAUAUGUCAUAUCUUCCUUUUUGGAUGCUCGGUGUAGACCUGCAAUAAUUCAUGGAUGUGAUAUAUCGGAUUUUUGAAACAUUUGGUUGGUCUAAAAGCCGCAUUUGUUUGUGGAAAUGCAAAAUAUAGCGUCCUGUGUUUCCACUUCUUUCCCAAUGACUGAGUCAGGAAUAUCAAGUUGUGUCAACCACAUGAAAACCUGCUAAGACAUGAUGCUUGAAUGUGUCAGACUGGCAUGUUGUUGUGUCCCGUUUUCAACAUGUAUAUGAUCCAGCAUCAUUUCAUAUUUCAUGUAGAAAAGUUAUUUUCAGCACACACAACUCAACAUUCGCUUUGUCAGUGUUUGAACCAAUAGUGACAUUGAUGAGUCGACAGCAACAAUCAUUUCUGGAUUAUUCUAGGAUGCCAGUCGUGUAAUUAAUACAUCAUGCUAGCAACUCUCUUCUAGAAUUGUGUGAGAGCUAUUGGUUCUGUGCUUGUUUUCAUGAUUGAAACAAUAUAAGAGUAUAUAUGAAUAUUGAAUACUGUUUUAUAAGUGAGUUCACUGUGAAACCCCCAUGAUAGCAUAAAAAAAAAUUCAAAUCACAUGAAAGGAUUACCACCCUAGUGUCAACUGAUGAGACAUAAAAUGUGAGUUGAAAUGAUCCUUCUGUGGAACAAUGGUAUUCUCUUAUGAUUGUUGUCUUUAAUCUACUGUUGGUGUUAUUGUGUGUUUUGUGCAUGUUCUCAUGGCAUGUCCAUUUUUCUUUAUCCCUUUUCAAUGCAUAAUGUUGAUAUUUAUAUAUUACACCGCUGUGAGGAGAAAAAUAUAUUCUUUCCGUGAGUUGCAGGGGUGGGUUUGAGAUGUUUUGUUAGAACCCCAAAAAAAGAUCAAAAAGAGAGACGUUUUAAUGAAAAUAAAAAAUGUAAAUGAAGACAUGUCUGGGCAUCUGCCAUUAAAGAUUGACGUUAUCAUCC